AUGUUUCUACCGCUACAUCAAAAGAGAUCAUCACCAGAGUUUCGCGGAAUGGUUGCACAGAAAGAACGCCUCGCAUUAUACGCCCAUUGCGCCCAUUUAUCAGCAAUCUUAAAUGCACUGAAGGACGGAGAACAAGUAAGCCAUGGAGUCGCUGACUGCGAAACCCCGGAACUCCCAGCAAUAACACCGGAAGCACCGCUGAGAGAACGCGCAUUGUGUUAUUUUGAAUAUUUUCUGAAUUAUAAUCCGCUGAGAGUUCCGGCAGCUCUGGCGGAAGUACGCUGCAUGUGCGCUCAUCCGCCACCCAAAUUAAUCGGCAAGCGAAUCUUCGAGUGUGAACCGCUUCGUUAUCAAAUUCGUGUGCUAAAAUUUGACGAACUAUGUCAAACAUACUCGGAACAAACUGAAACAAUCGCCCUAGCAUGUAUACCUGUGCUGCAGGCAAGUGCAAAAGCGGAUGGAGAAAUGAAAUUCCUGGCUCCGGAAAGAUUUCGAGGUCCGAUCAAGAAGAGUGUCCAGUAUGAUUAUAGUAAUUUUCAUGACGAAUAA